UUCGAGCAAUUCACACUCGUACUCUUCAUGCGUCCCUAACACGAUUUACAAUCGAUUCGAUUGUAUGUGGCGGUAUUUUUAUAAUUUAAAAAAAUCGUGUUAUUUUUGUAAUUACAAAACAAAUUACUCAUAUAAUAAUAAUAUAAUAAUAAUUAAUAUUGUCAGUAAAAAAAGUGCGUGGAAAACGGGACUUGCAUUCUCCAAGAUGAAAGCCAUGCACCUAGUGGGAUUUUUAUUCUGCAUAACCCUGCCUUUAAUAUCAGCUGUCCAUGACCCUACCUUUAAUUUAGAUCUCAGAAGGCACAUCAGGACCGCUCAGUGUCAAUCGUGGUGUCUGCGAAAUUUCGCUAUAAAACUUAACUACGAAACUGAAAAUGAGGUACUUGCAAACAGCGACUGCCUACAGUGCUUGCAAUCCUGCGACUAUUUCAUUAAGGAUCCCCAUUACGAUCUCAACACCUGUGGCAAACCCUGUAUCUACUCUAAACUGCCCACGGUGAAAGACUAUUUAUGCAAUCAAACGUCUCCGAUAUAUGGGCCGGGUACCAAAAUCGCCUGUGAAUUUUACCUAAAACAUAUACAAAGAAUAGAAGAUGAGUAUGAACUGACCAAAUUACCGGCGCCUGAGAAGAAUAUUAGCAUGAUUAGCAUGAAUGCAUACGAUAGACACGUAAUAUUGUACGAAAUUACAUGGGGAACGUGGGUAAUAAGUAGCGAUCCUACUAUGUACUACAGCAUGAAAGAUGUUACAAAACAAAGAAACUGGGUUAUCAUUGUCAACGAGACUGGACCGAUCAAGCAGUAUAGUUGGGGAAAGUGGCAGCCUACAGUAGAGUCUGUCACACAAAACGGUUCCCUGUUUAAUAUUAACAUUACGUGGACAGACUGGCAGACCCAAUUGAAAAAGCAAUGGGAAGAAAAUAAUAUAUCUACAAAAAAGGUCGUUUUGAAAAACAACUCAUCUUUCGUCGUUACUUGGCAACAAACGUUAUCGGAAAAAGCCGUUAUGGGCAUGCAAGCAACAGAUAACGAAUGGGCACAGAUUUCUGUACCACCCGGCAAAUAUAUGAUUAGAAUAGUUACUAAUGACGGUCCCGGCAGCUAUUCGAUCAUUAUCGACACCAAUAGAUUCACAAAAAAAAAUGUGUACAGUUGGACCAUAUAUCACAUUCACUUCAGAGACUACAUAUCUUUCGUAAAACGUCUCCUAGGAUAUAAUCUAAUAAUCAUAAUAAUUUUUAUUUUCCUUGUGACUUUUAAAAACAUAUUAUUAACAUAUGUAUUUGGGUAAAAAAAGAGAAGAGAGAAAUAAAGUGAAUAUCGUAUAAUGUAUGCUGAAAGAUUUUACGUAUAAGAUGAAUCAAGUUAAUAGUAAUCUUCACUAUUUCUUGAAAUAGUGAUUCCAAUUCAUGUAUCUGUUCAAGUAGCUGUUUUAUCUAUUCAGAUAGAUCAUUCAAUAUAUAUAACAAAGACAUAAACGCAAAUGAGGAUUUACAAAAUGCGAAGAUGUAAACACAAAUGUAAGAUAAAAUUACUAGUACGCAAAAAGCAACCGCAAAUGUGAUUUGGCAGACAAAAAUCAUUGUACCUAAAGAAUCCUAUUAGAAUUUUUUUCGCCUAAUUCGGCAAAACAGCUCAGAGAUUGUACUUCCUCUCAUAAAAAGUAGCGUCUUCCGCUUCCCAUAGCAUGAAAAGUAUAAAAGAUGAAUAAAAGAAUACCUAUUUCCCUUUAUCAUAAAAA